CCGGUACCCAUUAAUCAUUAAUCAGCUGAGAAUUCUUUCUUUCAGACAGGUCUUUUAUUCCCUCUCUUUUCCUCUUUGUCUGCUGUCUAUCUUGUCUUUCAGGUACAGACAGACAGGCAGGCAGAAUGCAGGCCUACCUCCAAUACCGCCGCAUAGGCCAAGCCGUGCAGAAGCAACUCGACGACUAUCCAGAACUAGCGCAUCUGCCUGAACAUCACCAAGUCCCAGACCUCCCAGAACAACCAUCGCAAACACCAGACACGCAAGAGAAACCCGAAUUCUCAACCAUCCCCCCAGGCAUCCAACCCCAUCACUACACUGACGCCUCCGGCAAACAAUCAACAAUAUACCUAGUAACCUGGGCCGACGACCACGACACCCUCAACCCCCAGAACUACACCCACGCCUCUCGCCUCGCAGCAACCCUAAACGUAACAGCCCUAGCCUUCAUCGUCGGCGCAGCAUCAUCGAUCGAAUCGGGCGUGUUACCGCAGAACGCAGCUGCGUUUGGUGUUAGCGAUGUCGUUGCUUCGCUGGCGACGGGGAUCUAUUUACUAGGUUUCGCGGCGGGAUCGCUGGUCUCGGGGCCGUUGUCUGAGGUUCUGGGGAGGAAUGCCGUGUAUGCGGGAUCUUUGACGCUGUUUAUGAUUUGGGAAAUGGCGAGUGGUUUGGCGCCGAAUAUCGGUGCGCAAUUGGCGUUUCGAUUUUUAGCGGGGAUAUUCGGGUGUCCACCAUUGACUUGUGCGGGGGGGACGGUGGCUGAUUUGUGGAAUCCGCUUGAGAAAACGCUGUUGUUCCCUAUGUAUGCGAUUUUAUCCUUCGGAGGACCUAUACUUGGCCCCGUAAUCGCGUCAUGGAUGGGACAGGGUGUAUUGUCGUGGCGGUGGACGAGCUGGAUUAUCCUCAUUGCGUCGGGGCUAGUCAUGGCCACAGUCAUCCUCUUCCAGCCCGAGACGUACUCCCCCCUCUUAUUAAAAUGGAAAGCCCACCAGCUCCGCCUCCGAACAGGCGACAACCGCUUCCACGCGGAGAUGGAACUCGAGAAAACCGCGCUAUUCACACGCAUGACCGGCGCUUGUUUCCGGCAAUUCGAACUAACCAUGCACGAACCUAUCAUUUUGUUGAUAUCGCUAUACAUGACGAUAAUCUACAUCGUGCUGUUCACCUUCUUCGACGGAUACGAGUAUAUUUAUACCGAUGUGCAUGAUCUCUCGCAGGGCCUUACGAAUAUCGUCUGGGUGGCGAUGUAUUGCGGGAUUAUGCUGGUUGCGCUGCUUGUGCCGUUGGUUUAUCGGUGGACGAAGCGUGAGUUUGAGGCUGCGGAGGCGGAGGCGGAGCCUGGGGUCGAUGGGAAGAAGAAGGUCCAUACGAGGCCUGAGAAUAGGCUUUGGUUUGCUAUGAUGGGUGCACCGUUUAUCCCCAUUGGUCUUUUCUGGAUGGGUUGGACGGACUAUAGCAACAUCUCAAUCUGGUCCCCCAUCCUCGCCAGCACAAUCUUCGGCUUCGGCACCAUAACCGUCUUCAUCUCGUCUUACAUGUACAUUAUCGACUCCUACGAUAUCUACGCCGCCUCCGCACUCGGUUUCAUGACUGUAUCGCGGUACGCGGCGGCGGGCGGUAUGACGGUCGUGGGAGUGCCGUUUUAUAAGAAUAUGGGGGUGCAAUAUACACUUACGAUAUUGGGGUGUAUUAGUGCGGUUAUGACGGUUGUGCCGUAUGUUUUUUAUAGGUGGGGACAUGUUAUUCGAGGGUGGAGUCGGUAUGCUGUUAAUAAGUGAUCCUGCGGCGUAUGGCGUGCGGAGUGGGAUACAGGCAGGGUACAGAUUGGGUGUCUGUAUAGAGUGCGAGUGCGGAGUGAGUAUCCGUAAAGAGUACA